CAUCAACAACAUAGCAGCGAUGGAUGACAAGAACGCGUCCCGUGUGAAUGCCCCCAAAGGGUGCGAGAAUUCAUCCAAACGACACACACUGUGACGCAUGGCCUGCUGUUACGACAUCAUACUAAGAAAGACGCCGAUUCUUGGAAUAUGAUGUCACACCAUUUAGCCACCGGGCAUCUCAGGGAAGAGUAGAGAAAGACUUGAAUUAAAAGAAACAAGAUGGCACACGUGCAAGACAAUGCCAGGAUGUAAACAGGGUAAUUUGACCCUUUUUAUUCAUGAUGUCCAUCUAGCUUCCACCCCGUUUAGUAAUGAAGUACAAGGACCGCAUGCUUGCAAUGCACCAGGGAAACAUUCACAUACUUGAGUACGUUUCCGGCCUAGCUCUCCUGUUUACCGCCGUCUGGGUUCUAGAGGCCAAUCGAAUUAAAAUAACCUGCUGUUUUGGAGAAGUAUGAAGCUGUGAAGUCUUAACAUCUCUGUAGACCCGUAUCUGUUUUUCUAGCAAAUAUUAGCAAUCAGUUUCUCUUCACGUACUGCCUAUGAAAACAUCUGCACACAAACCGCAGAGACUCUGCAGGACACUGAAAGUGAAGAUUCUUGAAUGUCACGUCUGAAAUUGUGACACAUUCUGCCACCUCCGUGUUUGUUUGUUUGUGUGACAGAGGAAGGGUGUGUCACCAUGACAACAGCAGAAAAAUGCGAGCUGGAUGCGAGUGAUGCACCAAUGAAAGCGUAGCUCAUCUCCAGUGUUCUAGUGCUGUGAAUCUGCCUUACUGGAUUUCUGUGCCUUCAUUUAGCGACGGUAGCGUAUCUCUCACAGGAUGAUCUGUGUUUGUAUGUGUGUGUGCGUGCGUGCGUGCGGGUUCAUGUGAUGAUGAAGAUGAUGAUGAAGACCACUGUUCUUUGUGUUUCUCUGAUGCUGAGGAGGGCAAAACGUCCCUCGCUGCGAUGGUCUGUGUUCAUCUGCUGGAAUAAAACAGAUCUGGACCUUUUCCUCGUGCUGCCCAUUCCUUUCCUACAACAUCAAACAAAAUUCACUCUAUUUACUUUCCAAUCUUACUGUGAAUGAUUAAUCAGUGCAUGCAUUCAUUGUUUUGCAGUGAUGCAUUACUGUGUAGUUCACAAAGUCAUUUUAUGCUGAUUAACAUUUAAAGCAAACGUUACAGCAAUAAUACCAGAUAAGGACUAGCUGAAAAAUGCAUCACCUUUGGGAUACGUGGAGAUGCUCUGGUCGUUCCUCCUCACAAAUGUGUCACUAGUGUUUCAGAAGGACUGUAAACCCCCUAAAACCCACUUUUGCAAACACUGCAAAAUCCACUGCAAUCUCGCAUUAGGAUCUGCAUUCACACCUCUACAUGUUUUUCCCAGUUGCACUCAGAAAUGCAUUUUAAUAUGCAAGUAAAAUGAUUGUAAAUGCUCUUUUAUAUGGCCUGUAAAGCAAACAUCAAUCAGUAGUUUGUGGCUCUUUCUCAGAAAGCAAACAGCACAUCUGAGAAAACAGCAGCGCUGACGUGUCAAACUUUCACAGUAAACCAGACUACACAUGCUGCUGGAUUUAAGUCUGGAUUCAGUCGAUAUCAGUGCGAGACGCAUUCGCAUUAUUCUCAGCCUGAAUGAGAUGGUCUGUAAGCAUAGUGACCGCUUUAUGAUUGACCGUUGGUUGUGUCUGUAACCAUAGCGAUGGCUGCUUAUAAUGAUAUAGAUGGGUGACUGCUUCCAGACAGUUGGCUAAUAACAGCGAUUCCUUUGGCAGGCACACACACACACACACACUGCGCCUCAGCACGAACCUCACUGAUAACAUUAUGUCUUUUUACCGGAGGCGCGCUGGGGGAUUCGUGAAGGACAGAAAAAGCAAAACACUCAAUUGAUGUCGACUGUGAGGGAGUCAAACCUGAUUUACAUCACAUAAUCAGCUUGAGAAUCACAUCCCGAAUGCGGCGUGGCUCAAGGUCAGAGGUCAAGCGGCCACAUCACAUCCAGCCAAUCAGAGGAAAGGCGGAGAACAGCAUCACCUACCUCGCGUUCGGUGACCUUUCCUAUUAACCGCACUGGAGCGAAAACUUUCCAAGGACGGUCGGACGGUUUUCAAAACAUUAUACAACUUAUGAGUUAAGGGUAAUAAGGAAGUAUUUUAGUAAUGUGUCAGAAGCGCCCAAAGCGAGUUCCCAUUAUUGCUGGCUUUACAUUAACCCCAUCAACAGAGAAACACUUCACAUGACCACCUCCUACGCCACACGUCUGCAUCAUAAAGAGAAAGCGGUCGAAUCUUUACAAGAAUCUUGUUAUUUUUCAUGAUAAUUUGAUGUUAUAAAAGGACUUUGGACUUGCUUGCUUUGCGGAUUCCCUGUUUUUUACUAUGUCGAUUGAAUCUACGCACCCAGAAAAUACUACACAAAUUGGCACAGGACUUGUUUGUGUGAUUUGCUGUUAUACGUAAUAAACUCAAAACACUCACUCUUUAGACGCUAAAUAACAGCAUCCACAUCCAUUCAACGUUCAGCCUGACAAUCAAAACUCAUAAAACCAGGCAAAACUCAAAUAUCCACGAUUGUAACCUCUCAGGGUCUUUAUAUGCUGUUAAUUUUUAAGCACUUCCAAGGCGUCACCUUUGAUGGAGCGAGAACAUUUUUACCCCCAUCAGGAGCAUCUACAGGAUCGACCAAUGAGCUUCCACCUGUUCCACGGCUAUAUAAAGUGACACAUAAGCACAUCAACUAAACACAGUGGUCUGAUUCUCAAGCAUCUGAUCCACUUGUGGCCCAGAGAAAGAGACCUGAUCUGGAAGCUCAGAAGAGCUCAAUCUAUUGUACUCUUUGACUUAGUUCACUCCCCAAACCCACUGAAGACUUCUGAUGGAGAAUCCCGGGUUCGAGAGAUCUAAAGAUGACCCUCCACAGUACGAGGAGACGUCUUUCUGUGGCAACGGGUUCAAUAAUGGGGAGCGGCGAGCCGUGCGGCCAUCUGUGGUCAGUGCUUUUGGGCACAACACCUUGGACCGGGUGCCAAACGUUGACUUUUAUCGUAAUGCGGCGAGCAUCAGCGGACACAGAGCCAUCAGACCUUCCCUACAAGAGCUGCACGAUGUCUUCCAGAAGAAUGGAGGCCUUGAUAUUCCCAGUACGGCCGAGGACAGAGAAGGAGCGGACACCUCGACGCUGGACGAUGUGGAGUCCGUCAUCCCGCUGGAUGAGAAGGAAGCCGGAGGUAUGGUGAAAUUUGGAUGGGUCAAAGGAGUUCUGGUGAGAUGCAUGCUGAAUAUCUGGGGUGUCAUGCUGUUCAUACGGCUGUCAUGGGUAUUCGGACAAGCGGGAAUAGGUUUGGGGAUAGUGGUCGUGUUAUUGAGCAUGGUGGUGACCACUGUGACCUGUCUGUCCAUGUCAGCUAUAUGUACCAACGGUGUGGUACGAGGAGGUGGAGCGUAUUAUCUGAUUUCCCGCAGUUUGGGACCUGAAUUCGGCGGCUCCAUCGGGCUGAUCUUUGCGUUCGCCAACGCUGUGGCCGUGGCCAUGUAUGUCGUGGGGUUUGCUGAAACUGUGGUGGAGAUUCUCAAGGAAAGCAACACCCUGAUAGUGGAUCCAAUGAAUGACAUCAGGAUCAUCGGCUGUAUAACGGUGGUUCUGCUGAUGGGCAUCACUGUGGCAGGGAUGGAGUGGGAGGCCAAGGCUCAGGUAGCUCUGUUGGUGAUCCUGCUGGUGGCCAUUGCCAAUGUAUUUGUGGGAACAGUGAUUCCCUCCACACAAGACAAGCGCUCCAAAGGCUUCUUUAACUAUAAAGAAUCCAUCGCGAAGGAAAACUUUCUACCGGAAUUCCGAGAUGGAGAGACGUUCUUCUCUGUUUUUGCCAUCUUCUUCCCGGCAGCCACUGGGAUUCUGGCUGGAGCCAAUAUCUCUGGAGAUCUGAGAGACCCUCAGGCCGCUCUUCCCAUAGGAACGCUGCUGGCCAUCUUAAUCACUGGAAUUACGUACCUGGGCAUCGCGCUGGUUGUUUCUGUGACGGUCGUUCGAGACGCGACUGGGAACCGCAAUGACACUCUUCAACCGGGUUCGAGUUGCAACUUCUCUUCGGCCUGCGAUCUGGGCUACGACUUCUCAAUCUGCCAAACCACCAAAUGCAACUACGGCCUCAUGAACAACUUCCAGGUAAUGACUCUGAUCUCUGGGUUUGGACCUCUCAUCACGGCGGGAACGUUCUCGGCCACGCUUUCUUCAGCUCUUGCGUCUCUAGUGAGCGCGCCCAAAGUCUUCCAGGCUCUAUGCAAGGACAACAUCUACAAAGCCCUCAAGUUCUUCGCCAAAGGUCACGGGAAAAACAACGAGCCAAUCAGAGGAUACAUUCUGACCUUCUUCAUCGCUGUAGCGUUCAUCCUCAUCGCUGAGCUCAACACCAUCGCUCCCAUCAUCUCCAACUUCUUCCUGGCCUCAUAUGCCCUCAUCAAUUUUUCCUGCUUCCACGCGUCAUACGCCAAAUCCCCAGGUUGGAGACCGGCGUAUAAGUACUAUAACAUGUGGCUGUCUCUGUUUGGAGCUUUGCUCUGCUGCGCCGUGAUGUUUGUGAUUAACUGGUGGGCGGCAUUACUCACUUACGGCAUCGAGUUCUUCCUCUAUAUUUACGUUACCGUGAAGAAGCCAGAUGUGAACUGGGGUUCGUCCACUCAAGCCGUGACCUUCAUAAACGCUGUGAACAAUGCUCUGACUUUAUCUGCGGUGGAAGAACACAUCAAGAACUUCAGACCCAAGUGUCUCGUGAUGACAGGAUCGCCCAGAACCAGACCGGCGCUGCUGGACUUGGCACAUUCAUUCACUAAGAAUUAUGGGCUGUGUCUGACCUGUGAGGUGUUUAUGGGUGAGCGUGAUAAGAAUCUGCAGGACAUGAGCGCUGCCAUUCAGCAGAACCAGCAGUGGAUAAACAAGCAGAAGCGCAAAGCCUUUUACACGCCUGUCGCCGGCGAGAACCUGCAGAAAGGAGCAGAAGCGCUGAUGCAGGCGUCAGGACUCGGCCGGAUGAAGCCGAACACAGUGAUGUUGGGAUUUAAGCGUAAUUGGAGAAUCGCCAAACCACAGGACGUUCAAAGCUACGUGGGAAUUCUGCACAACGCAUUUGAUUUCGAGCACGGGGCCGUGAUACUGAGAAUCAGUCAGGGGAUGGACAUCUCUCACAUCCUCAAAGCAGAAGAGGAAAUGGAGCGCAUGAUCAUGGAGCAGCGGGCGCUGGAGAUGGAGGAGAAUGACUUUCAGCCACACGGAGGAAACGGGUUCUUCAACAGGUCUAAGAAAAACUCCAAAAAAGAGCUGACCAGCAAAGUUUCUCUGGAUGUUCCUCAGACAUCAGAUCUGGCCAAGAUGAACCAGCGUCUGGUGGACGCCAGCAGCCAGUUCAAGAAGAAACAGGACAAAGGGACGAUUGACGUUUGGUGGCUGUUUGAAGACGGAGGUCUCACGCUUCUCCUGCCUUAUAUUCUGACCACACGGAAGAAAUGGAAGGACUGCAAACUCAGGAUCUUCAUCGCCGGCCAGCCUGAGCGCAUCGAACAGGACAAAGAGGAAAUGCAGGAACUUCUGAAGAAGUUCAGGAUCAAAUAUGCCGACAUCAAUGUUAUCACAGACAUCAACGUCAGGCCCAGCACAGAGAGCUGGAAACUGUUCGAGGACAUGAUCGAGCCGUUCCGGAUGCACGAGGGUUCAAAGGAGACGUCGCAGGCUGAAGCUCUGAGGAAAGAACAUCCCUGGAAGAUCACAGACGCCGAGCUGGACGCAUUUGAGGAGAAGACGAUGCUGCAGGUGCGUCUCAAUGAGCUUCUUCAGGAGAGCUCGAGAGCAGCCAAACUCGUCCUGGUGAGCAUGCCCAUCGCCCGUAAAGGCUCCGUCUCUGAUUAUCUGUACAUGGCCUGGCUAGAUGCACUCACCAAAAAUCUACCGCCGACCGUCCUGAUACGAGGAAACCAUCAGAGCGUGCUGACCUUCUACUCCUGAAGAACACACACACACACACACACACACACAGUUUGUGUUCAACAGCAUACCACUGAAAAAUGAAUCCAUCUAUAUCUUGACUUAUUUGAUCAGACAUUAUUACAUAAAGGAACAGUAAAAAUGCAAAAUAAAAAGCCACUCACUGAAUUUAGCAUAUGAUAAGGCAUGCUGUAUAUGAAGAAUGAACCCAUGAUCUGAAUGUAUUAUUUGAUCAGACUGCCAAAAGAAACUUUUCUAAUUAUCAAUGCUGAAAACUGCUUUUGCUGCUUAAUAUAUUUGUGAAAACUGUGAUAUACACUACCAUUCAAAAGUUCGGGUUAAGUAUGAUUUAAAAAAGAAAAAAAAAAAAGAAAUAUAUACUUUUAUUCAGCAAGAAUGCAUGAAAUUGAUCAAAAGUGACAGAAACGACAUUUAUAAUGUUGAUUUUGAUUUCAAUUAAAUUUAGAUUUUUAAAACUUUCUAUUCAUCAAAAAACACCAAAAGACAUUUUUACAUAAAAUAACAUGAAACAUGCUGAAUAAAAGCCACUGACUGAAUUUAAUAUGCAACAUAACGAGGUAUAAAGAGCAUGAUUUAAACAUCACCGUCGCAUACUGUAAUAAAGACUGCACAGCUACAGUAUGUUAGUAUCCACUGUGACUCAAUACUGCCCUCAGCUGGACACAUGUAGCUAUAACAACAACAAUAGAUCUCUGUAAACAGUAUAAAAGCACUUUAGUGUCAAAUUAUUCAGUGAUCAAUUAAAGUAUCUUAUUUUUGUCAAGUAUUUUUGUAAAUAUAUUCACUAACGGCCAUUAUGAUUGCCGAUCCUAUUUAUAUUUCUGUGGUACUGGGAAAGACUGUGUGAAAUUAUUUCAUGCUAUAUUAAUUUUCAAGAACAUAAAAAUGUUUUCUCACAGUAAAUAAACCAAUUUUUGAAAAAUGCA